AUGAAGCACUACGCACUAUCACGAGCUCUGCUCUUGGCAGUCUUCUCGCUGUUCGUCUCGGCCGCCCCCCUCGACGCAUCGGCAUCGGCCUCGGCCAACAUACGGAGCAUCUUCCUCUUCAAGGACGUCAUGAAGUCCGACACCGCCGCCAUCACGACCUCGGGCUUCAACUCGCUCAUCAUCUUUGGCGUCGGCAUCCUCGCCAACGGCGACAUCAUGUACUACUCCAACACUCCCGGCAGCAAGGACGUCCUCCUCACCUCGCAGGGCGCCUACGUCGGCGGCGCCGCCCUGGCCGACAAGGUCCGCUCCUUCAAGGAGCGCGCCGGCACGGGCGUGGACCGCGUCGAGGUCUCCAUGAACGCCCAGCACGUCCGCGACCUGAUGCGCAGCCCCGGCCCGGGCGCCUCCACGCCGCUGUACCGCAGCUUUGAGGCGCUCAGGGCGGCCUGGGGCCUCGACGCCGUCAACAACGACGACGAGUCCGUCUACGACGCGGACAGCACCGUCGCCUUUGCCCGCAUGCUCGGCGCCAUCGGGUACAAGUACACCAUCGCGCCGUACACGAACCAGCCCUUCUGGGCCAGCGUCGGGUCGCGGCUCAACGCCGGCGCCGCUUCCCCUUUGCUCGACAGGGUCUACCUGCAGUGCUACGACGGCGGCGCGUUCAACGACCCCGGCGACUGGCAGGGCGCCCUCGGGCUCAAGGUCGUGCCGCUCGUCUGGGUGACCAACGACUCGAAGCCGUCCCAGGGCACGACCGUCGCGCAGGCCAAGUCCAAGUUUACUGCGUGGGCUAGCCGCAGCACCCUCGCCGGCGGAGGCUACUGGAACGAUUAUGACAUCGAGAAGAUGAAGCUCUCCUACAAGGCGUACGGCGACGUUCUCACAAGCGUCUUCCCUUAG